CGGCUGUACUCUGUACUGACUGCCCACCAUUAGCAAACCGUUAAACCAGUCGUGCGUUUGGCACGUAACAGUUCCGCACCUAUCAAACGUGGGAAACUAAACUGGGAAUGUCUUCAGAAUGUCACGUUUAAAAAUUUUCCAUUAAAAAAUAUUUUUCCCGCGCCAUCCUUCCUUCUCUCUCUUCCUUCGCGGUUGAAAUUUGAAACCAAAAGCCAAGAGCAAAGCUAAAAGGACGCGCGAUUCCUCGGGCGUAGAGCAACCUUCAUCUCUAUUUUUGUUCCUUUUGUUCUUAUUUAUUAUAGGGUUUUAGAUCGGAUGGUUCUGUUCUUCACUCUAGGUAAGGUUUGAAGCUUGGACAUCAGAGAUCAGAGUGUGCCACUCUUUAUCUUCACCGAAACUCUAAAAUGGUCUUCUGGGGUGUUGAAUUAAAGCCUGGAAAACCACACACACAUCAAUUCGACGCUGCGCCAGGAACGCUUCACAUAUCUCAUGCAACUUUGGGUAUUGGGAAGUCGACGAAGAGGACUUUGGUGCAGUGUAAUGUAGGGAAUACGAGACCUAUUUUCAUAUGCUCCUUGUUACCUGAUAAGACUGAGUCAUGCCCGUUGGACCUUGAAUUUGAGGAGGACGACGAUGUCGUUUUCUCUGUUCUUGGCCCCCAUAGCGUUCAUCUCUCUGGUUUCUAUCUCGGAAAUGUUUGGAAUUCUGGCGGAUACGGUGAUGCGGAUGAUACUGAUUCUCAUGGAGAGGACGUCGAGGAGACACAGAAAGAGAAGUCAACUGAUAAUAAUACUAAAGAUGAAUAUGAGGUUCAUUUCGAGGACAUUGAUCUUGAAGCUUACCCACCUUUACCUGCUCCCAACAGUGGAGUUGUGAUCGAGGAGAUAUUGGGCGGUGAGAAGGUUCCUAAUGAGAAUGGUAACAACAGACAUCCUGGUAAGAAGGACCAACCGAGUAAUUCUGAUGAUAGCGGCAGUUCUCAACGUCAAAUUGGUGUGAGUGGUAGUGCUGAUGCUCCAGUUUUGGAAAGUGAAGAUGAAUAUGGUUUCCCCAUUACCUCUUCAUUCAGUCGCGUUCCCACUCUUCAGAAGAAAGAAGCAAACGUGAAAGAGAAGAUGAAUAAGAAAAUAGCCAACAAAGGAAAGAGCAAGAGAAAAGAGGAAAGUGAUCUGGUUUCUGGCCUGAAAAAGAAAUGUGACUCUGUUCAAGAUGGUGAUUCAGAAGGGAGUCUUCAUGGUAGAUGGGAAGAAUCAAGUAAGAAGGUCACAACUUCACCAAAGUCUGCCACAAAGUCAGCGAAGAAGGAUGAAAGUCAAGUUGAAGGCAUCACAAAGAUGUCUUCCAAGAGAAAAAACACUCCAGUGAAGGAAGAGACUUCUGAAAUGCAGCAUGGUGCUAUAGACUAUGGUGACUAUGGUGAGAAUCUGGUUGGUUCCAAGAUUAAGGUUUAUUGGCCACAAGAUCGUAUGUUCUAUGAAGGUGUCAUAACAUAUUUUGACCCUGUUAAAAUGAAACAUAAGGUUUGUUACAGUGAUGGGGAUGUGGAGAUACUGUCACUUAGUAAGCAGAGAUGGCAAUUCAUUAAAGAAGAUGAUGUGGCAGGGGGACAAGAAACUGAUCUUGCAAGUCCUGAAGCUUCUUCUGACAUUCACCGAAAGAAGAAAGUGAAAACAGAAUCAGAUUCAUCAGCCAAGCAAGGAAAGACAGAUGCUUCUGCUAAAAGGGCUGGAGGAGUUUCGACCAGAAAAUCCAAAAGCAAAGCUACAAAAUCUGGUAGUGAAUUCAAUGAAGAUGUUAAACUCAGCAGUAAAUCCAAAGAUGAUAGCCCUAAAACUGUCCACAUAUCUAAGUUCUCAGAUGGGAUUAUUCCCAACAACAUUGAUGUUGGUGCUUCUGCUACUGGAGAUCACUCUAAGGAGAGAAAAACAAGAACCAGACCCCAGAGAACAAUGAGAAUGCAAAGGUAUUCAGAAGUCAUGAUCCAAGAGGAUGAUGCAAAUGCAAAGGCAACACGGUCAAGACUCAAGAAGGUGAUAUGAAUGGAAAGCCAUCAAAGCUCAAGACCUUGCUCAAUGGAUUAGUUAUUGAGGAGCUAGCAAUGGGAAAACCAGAUGGCCAAAGAACUUCUCCAGGCAAAAAGGUACGUUUACUCUGUUCAUAAACUACUACUCGGAGACAUCCACAUCUUGAAGUUUAAAAUCUCAAUAGAUCAUGUUGUAAAUUAUUAUUGGGCCCUACUUGUAUUUGUCUACUUUUUUUUCCUUUGAACUAUGGCCAGGAUAGUUAUUGGUGAUCUUGUGUUCUAAGGGAAAACAAGAAUGUUUCGCUUAGGCUUUGUAAAAAACUUUAGUAAUCAGUAUCCAUAUGAUUAUCUCACUCA